GCCUUCCUCCGCUGGCCGCCGGCCGCCCCUUAGGCCCGAGCGAGAGCGGACGGCGAGCGGGCGCAGCUGCCGCUUGAGCGCCGGCGGGGGCUGCUGGGCCCCGCACCCUUGCUCCUCCUUAGCGCCCGCGCCCUCGGACAUGGUGGCCCCCGGCUCUGUGACCAGCCGGCUGGGCUCGGUGUUCCCCUUCCUGCUGGUCCUGGUGGACCUGCAGUACGAAGGUGCUGAAUGUGGAGUCAAUGCAGAUGUUGAGAAACAUCUUGAACUGGGCAAGAAAUUACUUGCAGCUGGGCAGCUAGCUGAUGCUUUAUCUCAGUUUCAUGCUGCAGUAGAUGGUGACCCUGAUAACUAUAUUGCUUACUAUCGGAGAGCUACCGUCUUUCUAGCUAUGGGCAAAUCAAAAGCAGCACUUCCUGAUUUAACUAAAGUGAUUGAAUUGAAGAUGGAUUUCACUGCAGCAAGGUUACAGAGAGGUCACUUACUACUCAAACAAGGAAAACUCGAUGAAGCAGAAGAUGAUUUUAAAAAAGUGCUCAAAUCAAAUCCGAGUGAAAAUGAAGAAAAGGAAGCCCAGGCUCAACUUAUAAAAUCUGAUGAAAUGCAGCGUUUGCGUUCACAAGCACUUGAUGCUUUUGAAAGCUCGGAUUAUACUGCUGCUAUAACCUUCCUUGAUAAGAUUUUAGAGGUUUGUGUUUGGGAUGCAGAACUACGGGAGCUUCGAGCUGAAUGUUUUAUAAAAGAAGGGGAACCUAGGAAAGCGAUAAGUGACUUAAAAGCUGCAUCAAAAUUGAAGAAUGAUAACACUGAGGCUUUUUAUAAAAUCAGCACACUGUAUUAUCAACUAGGAGACCAUGAACUGUCCCUCAGUGAAGUUCGUGAAUGUCUUAAACUUGACCAGGAUCAUAAAAGGUGUUUUGCACACUAUAAACAAGUAAAGAAACUUAAUAAGCUGAUUGAGUCAGCUGAAGAGCUCAUCAGAGAUGGCAGAUACACAGAGGCGACCAGCAAAUAUGAAUCUGUCAUGAAAACAGAGCCAAGUGUUUCUGAAUACACAAUUCGUUCAAAAGAAAGAAUUUGCCACUGCUUUUCUAAGGAUGAGAAGCCUGUUGAAGCUAUUCGAGUGUGUUCUGAAGUUUUACAGAUGGAAGCUGACAACGUGAACGCUCUGAAAGAUCGAGCAGAGGCCUAUUUAAUAGAAGAAAUGUAUGAUGAAGCUAUUCAGGAUUACGAAACUGCUCAGGAACACAAUGAAAACGAUCAGCAGAUUCGGGAAGGUCUAGAGAAAGCACAAAGACUAUUGAAACAGUCACAGAAACGAGAUUAUUAUAAAAUCUUGGGAGUAAAAAGAAAUGCCAAAAAGCAAGAAAUCAUUAAAGCAUACCGAAAAUUAGCGCUGCAGUGGCACCCAGAUAACUUCCAGAACGAAGAAGAAAAGAAAAAAGCAGAGAAAAAGUUCAUUGACAUAGCAGCUGCCAAAGAAGUCCUCUCUGAUCCAGAAAUGAGGAAGAAGUUUGACGAUGGAGAAGAUCCCUUGGAUGCAGAGACUCAGCAAGGAGGCGGCGGCAACCCUUUCCACAGAAGCUGGAACUCGUGGCAAGGGUUCAACCCCUUCAGCUCAGGCGGACCUUUUAGGUUUAAAUUCCACUUCAAUUAAACCAGCUGUUUUUCUGCUCUUUUUUUUUUUUUAACGAUUAAAAACAACGAAACCUUGUUCCGGGAUCCUAAUGAAAAAAAAUUUCAAAUCUUUCAGUUUGUCCAUGACCAAAGAGUUGUUUUGAUAGGAAAAAUCUGUUCUUCUCCAUUUUAGACGGGAGGGUGUUGGGUUUGCGAGGGCCGGGAGCUGAGGAUGUGCUGGGUCUGGCAAAGCGGCCGCGUCUACGCUGGAGUGUCUGCAACGGUGCUCUGAGGCCGGCUCGCCUGUGCAAGCGCUCAUGGAGGAAGGAGUGUGGGUUCCUACACAUGGCAGAAGUUGCUGUAACUUCUUGAGAACACGUUGUGUUUCAGAAUUCUUAAAGAGAAUAUUGACAUUUAGAGCUGUUUAUUCUUAGGGACAACUUUGCUUACAUUUUGGUCAGUCCAGUCACUUGCAAUGAUCUGUUAAAUUUGAGCCUCCUUUAAUCCACAUGUAUUGCCAUCUCUACUAGCUCGAACAUGGCUGUCACUGAAGGAGGGGCUGGGCCCAUCUUCUAGAAAACCUGCCACCAACUGGUGGUCGAUGUGGCCAGGUUUAGACUUUGGAUUGAUGUUAAGCAUAUAUUUUAUGUUUUUUUGUUCAGUACCUGCACGACAAUACUGAAAACUACUGAAACAGAAUUAACUGUAAAAGCCUAUGGCCCUUUUGUUUAAUAUGAAACAACAAAUUAACUGAAAAAUAAUAUGUAAAAUACGUUCAGAUAAUAUAGCAGGGGUACUAUUUAGAAUAAUAUUGCUGAAGUGCAGAAUGAAAUACUUUAACAACUGAAGUUGUGAGCUAAACAAUUUCCUGUAACAGGAUUCGCUUAGCAACGUAAAGUUGCUCAGUCAACAUAAAGAAACAGAAUGCCAUGUUUCCCACUUUUAAUAAAUACAGUGGGCACUUCUCUUCCAUCCUGGCUGACCCUCUUGGAGUGUAGUGACUCCCACUGGGCCAUCUGAAGUGGGCCUUUGACAGCAGACCUGCCCCUCCACCAGACCUUGAUGCCUCUGCGUGUUCCUCCUGCCUAGAAGAAAGCCCAGGUGUGGAUCCGGUCAGCGCAGGCUGCAUUCCCCUCAGGAGGGCAGCUCCUCUUGGGGCACCUUCUCACCUUGGAAGAAUUGAACCCUUCAGUCUUUGUAUACUGGAUAAUUUUUUCCCUAAGAAAUAAGUGUUAAUCAAGAACAUUAAAUAUUUAUGGAACUAAUGAUGCUGCAUUUAAAAUCUGAGAGAAUUUAGAUAAGAAUUACCUUUAUUCUGGAAAGGCUUUGUUUUUUCCCUCAGAGCAUUUUGAAGCAUUUUAAGCAGGGUCUAAUAAUAUAUUGUUUUUAUGAAAUCAAGUAUUUUCAUUUUAGUUGUGGGAGGCAUCCUGAUCACUAAUGUCCACAACAGCCAAGCACAAAUCGUUUUCUUCUACAGUCAUCCUGAAACGUAUGUGGAAAAAAUUUUUUUAAACUGAGAGACAAAAAUCACAUAGUUGAAUAAAACACAAGUGCUUUUUGCAUUUAUUUAGGCGUCUAUUUCUUACCAAUAAACUUAACUGCAUUUUGAAAACUA